AAAUAAAAUAAAUAAAAACGUUCUUCUUCUUCUUCUUCUUCUUCUUCUUCCUUCCGAGUGGAGAAACGCUUCGACGAGUGAUUUAAAGAAGAUGCAUUCUUUUGGGUACAGAGCGAAUGCUCUCCUCACAUUCGCUGUCACGAUACUUGCCUUCAUCUGCGCGAUUGCGUCCUUCUCUGAUAACUUCAGUAACCAAGCACCCUCUGCUCAGAUCCAGAUAUUGAAUAUCAAUUGGUUUCAGAAGCAACCCCAUGGGAAUGAUGAGGUCAGCUUGACAAUGAACAUAACAGCGGACUUGCAGUCAUUAUUUACUUGGAACACAAAGCAGGUAUUCGCUUUUGUAGCAGCAGAGUAUGAAACCUCAAAGAAUACCCUGAAUCAGGUUUCUCUAUGGGAUGCUAUAAUACCAGAGAAAGAGGAAGCCAACUUCUGGAUUCAAAUCUCAAACAAGUACCGUUUCAUAGACCAGGGACACAACCUCCGAGGGAAAGACUUCAACUUGACACUCCACUGGCAUGUCAUGCCCAAGACUGGCAAGAUGUUUGCUGACAAAAUAGUCAUGUCUGGUUAUCGUUUACCGAAUGCGUACAGAUGAUUAUGAAAGAGGCCUCAUGGAUAUCAUCUAGGAAUGAAAGAGAGUUUGUUUGUUCAGUUGUUUGAAACAUUGUUUUGUAAUGAACUUAUGAGCUAAUAACUCAAAAGACUUGAUCCUUUGGCUUGUCA